AUGGAGCCCGCCGCGCAGCACAACACCUCCGCCCUGGCCGGCUGGACGGACCGGCUCGACCGCCCACUCUACGAGCACGCGGUGGGCCUCUUCCGCGCGGGCCUCCGCCGACACGGCGUCAGCAGGGAGGCGUGCCGCCAGCAGGUCUGCCCCUGCUGCCCCGCCGCCUUCCCCCUGGACGGCAGCGUCCCGGUGCCCGUGAUGGACGUGGUCGGCCUCGCGCGGCUAGCCGCCCCGCGGGGUCGCGGGGCCGAGGUGUCUCCAGUCGCAGGUGCCCGCCGACCUCGCCAGCCGUGGCCGCCUCUCCGCACCGCCUCGGGAGCUGCAGGGAAGGCGCGUCUGCAGGCAUGA